AUGUUGUUUGCAGUUACACUCUUGACUGUUUACUUAAUAUAUUCUCACAAACAUUCAAAUUCACUUUAUUUUAGGCCUAACGGUAUUUUAAUAGAUCUUUGCAAAGCUUUCGAGCAGGAGCAAGUCAGUGGAGACAUUUGUAAUAGACUGUGUUAUACGAGGUCGUGGAACGUUGUUGAUUUUUACCAGGGCAAUAAAGUCGUCAUUACGCUAAAGAGAGGCGGUCAAGAAGUUGUGUUGAAAAGUAUACAUCCAUUCAUAAAACAGUUUGAGGAAAUCAGUAUGCGCGUCAAAGAAGAAACUUUUACUGAUGCGGUAUUAGAUUUAAUCAAUGAGAAUCUACAUUUGGGUUGGCCAAAAACCUUUAAACGACAUUUGAUUGAAAUGUUGUGGCCAGCUUACCUUCGCAGUUCACACAAGCCUCUUACGGAAGCGGACAGACGUAGUUUAUGGGCUUUAAUUGCGCAGGAUGAAUUUAUUGUUUUCCGGCUCCUAACGAUUAGUCGCGUAACGCCACGGAUUGUGGGUACCUGUGGACAUUUCUAUCAAGUGGAACACUUGGUUCCUUUUAGGAUGAAAGGCUACUACAAAAAGUUAAAAACAAAGAUUUUAAUACAUUUAAUGGGCACAUUAAAACUUUUUGAAGAGUUUCUAAAUGAUCCUUUGCAAUGGUGCGACGUCAAAUUUGAUAAUCUUGGUCUUGCUGCUGACUACCCAAAAAGGUUUAUGGUGAUGGAUGCCGAUAUGCUUUACACUACUUCGAGAUUAAAUGAUAUUCUGAAAAAAAGAGCUUGUAGAACUGAUGAUGACUGCCAGUUUUUUGAUUGCAUUUCUUCAUGCGAUAACUCAACUAAUCAUUGUAAAGUUCGAGCAAACAAUAAUCUUCAGGUUUUUUGUGAGAAACUUAUUUCUCCUAUGUUUGAUAAACAUUCGACGUUUAAAAACCGGUACCUGAUGGCCUGUGAUGAAGAGGACGUCUCAAUGGAGGAUCGCAUGAAUAGCUUGAGGUUAGCGUGGGCGUGGAAUCUUCCUGACGUGUAG